GAAAACACCCAAUCGUUCUUACGAUUCUUUUGAAUGACGAAUCGUCCGAAUGACGAUUCGAUUCUUACGAUUCUUUAUUUGGAGUCGUUCAAAUGAACGACUCAUUCACGAAUCGCCACAACUGUACUGUGUAGUCCGCGGCAACCUCGUGGUGUUGUGGGAAUUUGUGUGACAUUCUCCAGACUGUAGAACUGAAGCCAUGGACCAGGAGCCAACUCUGUGGAUAAAAAAAGAGGGAACAGAUGAAGUACAAACUGAGUUAUGCUUCAUGGCCCAAGUUUACCCAUGCAGCAUGAAUGUAAAAGAAGAGUUGGAGGAGGGUGCGAAUAAAGAGUUUCUUGAAGACCCAUUAAGGGCUGACGACCCUAGUGUUUGGGUAAAGCAACAUCCCAAACUGAAACAACAUGCUGCUGGAUCUGAGCAUAAUUCUGUUGAAGAUCCAUUGGGAGUAUUUUGGUCCACUGAUUUCAUCAAGGAGGAUCCUGAAUUAAAUUUGGAAAUGAAUAUAACUGAGGAUACUGUGGGAACCUCAACAAGAUACGCAUCUGAUAGUGCAAGAUUUACUCAGACUACUGGUGGGAGCUGCAGCAAAUCAUGUGAGGAAACUUGUCACCAUAGACUUGUCCAGGAAGAGUUGGUGAUAGACAUGGAGAAGUCAACACAUGGGUUCAGUACCAAUACAGAAGAUGUGACUAUUAAUAAGGAAUGCUCAGUUGCCACCCGAUGUGACUGCAGUACGAGGGAAAAGGAAUUACAUGUAUAUAGCUGUAAUUUCUGCCAACAGAGCUUUCCUUCAAAAUACAGACUCAUAAUGCAUGUGUUUAUGCACAAUGAUGGAACGCAACCACAUUUGUAUGUUUGUAAGUGGUGUGGUGAGGUGUUUGACAGUAAUGUUGGCUUGAAAAAUCAUAUGAAAAUGAGUGAUAAUUGUCAAUUUUUAACUGCUGACAGUCAUGAAAGAUAUGGCCAUAGUGAUGAGCAUCAAAGCAGUACCUUGUUGGAUAGCGAGCCAGAAGUUUCUGUCACAGAGCACAGUGGGCAGUCGUCAUGUAAGGAAACUUGGAAAGUGUCAAAGAAGCCCUCUAAUGACAUGUGUAACACACACCUGACAAAUGAUAGAGAGAAAAAAAGUAAUUAUGGAACUUCGUCUAUAGCUGUUAAUGUCAGUGCCCAGUCUGAUCUACUUACUGCAAACAGACCCAACAAAUGUGGUAUUUGUGGCAAAUUGUUUGCUAGAUCAGGUGAUCUCGAGAGACAUGUUUCCAUUUGUACUGGGAAAAGACUUCACAAAUGUGAUAUUUGUGACAAAUGGUUUGCCCGGUCAGGUAAUCUAAAGGCACAUAUAUUAAUUCACACUGGAAAGAAACUGCACAAAUGUGAGAUUUGUGGGAAAUCUUUCACGAUGUCAGGUGCUCUCAAGAAACAUGUAUUACUUCACACUGGAAAGAAACCUCACAAAUGUGAGAUUUGUGGGAAAUGUUUUGCCUUGUCAAGCAAUCUCCAGAUACACACAUUAAUUCACACUGGAAUUAAACCUCAUACAUGUGAGAUUUGUGGGAAAUCUUUCACGAUGUCAGGUGGUCUCAAGAAACAUAUAUUAAUUCACACUGGAAAGAAACCCCAUAAAUGUAAAAUUUGUGUGAAAUCUUUUGCUAGGGGGCACCAUCUCAAGAGACACUUCUUAAUUCACAUUGGAAAGAAACCUCACAAAUGUGAUAUUUGUGGGAAAUCUUUUGCUGGGUCAGGCGUUCUCAAGAGACACAUAUUACUUCACACUGGAGAGAAACCUCACAAAUGUGAGAUUUGUGGGAAAUAUUUUGCUUUGUCAUGUUAUCUUAAGACACACGCAUUAAUUCACACUGGAAAGAAACCCCAUAAAUGCGAUAUUUGUGGGAAAUCUUUUGCUAGGUCAGGAAAUCUCAAGACACAUGUAUUAAUUCACAUCGGAAAGAAACCUCACAAAUGUGAGAUUUGCAACAAAUCGUUUGCCCGGUCACGUCAUCUCAAGCAACACGGAUUAAUUCACACUGGAGAGAAACCUCACAAAUGUGAGAUUUGUGGGAAAUCUUUUGCUAGGUCAGGCGUUCUCAAGCAACAUUCAUUAAUUCACUCUGGAAAGAAACCCCAUAAAUGCGAUAUUUGUGGGAAAUCUUUUGCUAGGUCAGGUGAUCUCAAGACACACUCAUUAAUUCACACUGAAAAGAAACCCCACAAAUGCGAUAUUUGUGGCAAAUCGUUAGCCACAUCAGGUUCUCUCAAGAGACACACAAUAAUCCACACUGGAACGAAACCUUACAAAUGUGAGAUUUGUGGGAAAUCUUUUGCCCAUUCAGGUCAUCUCGAGAGUCACAUAUUAAUUCACACUUUAAAGAAACUGCACAAUUGAGAUUUGUGGGAAAUCAUUUGCUAGAUCAGGUGAUCUCAAGACACAAACAUUAGAACACAUUAGUAGGAGACCUCACAAAUGUGAUGUGACAAAAGUUUCAUUCAGGUGGGAACUCUUAACACACAUGCACUACUUCACAUCAAAAAGAAAUUACGACCAACAUAUUUUCCUGAUUGGUGCUCUAAAGGCCUAUAAAACAAUGGAUGUGGCAGGGGGACAGUAAAUUGUAUUGCCUGUGAAAGAAAAUUAAAAUGUGGUAGGAUUGUGAAAAAAUGUUCAAUAAUGUGACACUAUAUAAAUCCGUAUCUGCCGCUUUACAUGUCAAGAAAUGGUAAUCCUAAAUACUCCAGAAACAUGAAUCAAAUGUGUUUUUGUCAUUAGCUUUGCUGCUUUUUCCUAUCGAUCUUGAGACAAGAAGAUUGUGAAUUGUGAUAAAUCCUUACAUUUGUCAGUAAUCAUAAGUACUAUGCAAUAUUCAGUAUAAGGCCAAGGAAAUGUGAUGACUUGCUGUUUAUUAUUCCAAACAGUCAUAAUGUAGUACUUGUAUCUAUGUAUUUUAGAAACAGUGACAGUAAAUAUAUAUUCAUGGCACUUGCUUCAUUCAGACUGGUAACAUCAAAACUGGAGAAACACAAUUAUAAUAAUUGUUUUACUUGGAUAUGUUUUCUCAAGGGAUUUGCUGUGUCAUUAAUAGUGUGUACAUUUAUGUUCUGUUAGUACUAAUCCUGCAUAAGUACAUGUAACAACAAAUAUAGCAACCUGCUUAAUAGCAUGUUUGUCCACCGUUGGAACACAGUACUUGACACAUCAUUUACAUGUUUCUGGGUUUAUGUUGCACCAGUUGUAUGCCACACAUUGAUAUCAGCUAUAUGGUGUGGUCAAGACAUCGGUGUUAGUUACCAUGUUACUCAGACCAAUGUGGAGUUGUUCUGCACAUGUGACAUGGACAAUUAUCCUGCUGAAAGAUACCUUCAGCAUGGAAGAGCUCACCAGGAAUGCAGUUGCAAUAAAGGUCACAUAGUCUGCAACUAUCAUGAUGCCUUCUAUUACUACCAAAUGUCCCAUAGGAGCCAAAGUGACUGCCCCCAUAGCGUAAUGCGCCCUCCAUCUGGCGCCAUUCACCUAUAUAGCAUAUCUGGACGUACAGCUGACCUGGUGUAACAGGAAAUGUCACCCAUCCUGACAGUUAACGUUUGCAUUGACCUUCAUUCCAGCCUCAGUGAUCCCUUGCCCACUGCAGUUGCAAUUUAACAUUUUGGUGGAUCGAUAUGGAAACAUACAGUGACCAUAUUUUGUGGAGCCCCAUGUUCAACAAUGUACAUUAAAUUGUGGGUUCAAAAACGUGUAUGGCUGCUCCAGCAUUGUUAUCCCUCAUUAGAUAUGCCACAUAUUGCCUCAUGUCCAGCUUUACAGAGCAGGCAAGCAUCUGACUUCCAUGAUUGGUGUUGAAGUGUAUCUGUAUUACAUCUUUUCAUAAGGUUAUGGAUUUAUCACCUUUCAGCCACUUCCACAGAUGUUCACAACAGUAGCAUAGAUCCAGCCAACCAGCUUCACCACUUUUGAGCUGCUCGUUCCCAACAGCCAUGCCAUUGUAACUUCACGUUUGCUAAAGUCACUUAUGUCAUUGGAUUUACAUGUUUGCAACCCAUCUAACUGGUAGAACAAUUCCUUGUAAAUCUCUGGUCUGCUUAUAUACUUGUAAUCUGCUUACUGCAUCAUGUGCAUACAAUAUGUGGCGUUCAUUCUCCUCAUGGGCAGUGUUCAUGACAUUUUUGCCCAUCAGUGCAUCUUCACGUAAAUUGGUCAGAUGCGAAACUGUAAUCUAAGAAAUUCGUCAUGCUUGGUUGCCAUUUACACCAGUGCACAAUAGCUGUAUUUUUUUGUGAAAUAUUUUUGUUUCACAAAGCUCUGUACAUGAUUCAGAGAUAAUGUAGAUAAGUGUUAUGCACCAAAGCUCUUAAUUAUUUGUUCAGCAUUUAAUACUGUGUAAGUUCUACAAAAAAAAUGAAAUAGGUAAACAAACGUUAGGUGUUAUGAUUUGAUUCCAGUUAUUUGUAUACACAAGAACAACACUUGGGAGAGCUCAGAACGUGAGCACCAAAUAUUUCUUGUUAUAUUCAAAGAUGUUUCCAUUGUGGGUAUUUUUCUUAAUUUGUGUAAAUAUACAUGAGGUUUUUGGAAAUCUGUACUUAUGCUUCAUUUUUAGUUUCAGAACAAUUGUUUUUAAUUCUCUACCUAUUUGUUAUUGUUGAAAGUGGUUUAGUAUGUUCCAUCAUAUGUGUAACAAUGGGAGACAGUUGUAAUUGAUUGGCACUGUUCUGUGUUGCUACACUUCAGCUGUGACACUUUGUAGUGAUGUGGUUACAUUGUAUCCCAUCUUUCUCAUGAUAGUACAUCCACAACUGCUGCAUAGGUUAUUCAUAAUAGCCAAUAUCCAUAUACAUUUGUAUUAAAUAUUAAAUUUGAAACUGGGUUUCUGGACAAUAGCUUUAUAUUCAGAUGAAUCUGAAAAUGUACUACAAAGUGUGACGAUUAUACAUAUUAUGAAUCUCUAAGAAACUGUAAAAUUUGUAGUAACAUGUUAAGAAAGGUACACAAUAUGGACUGAAUAUCUAUAGGCAUCAGCUAAGGAUGGGUCAUAUGGUGUUUCUCUGGUACACGAAAUGUAAGCAGAAAAUAUGGACAUUCAGUGGUUGUUUGGAAAACCACCCAAAGAACUGAGUCUACAUAAACACAGUACAUACCCAUAAAUUAAAUGUGUAACUGCACCUAUUAAAAUAAUAACCUAAGCUAAUCACUACAGAAUAAACUUGUAUAAGAAUUGCCAAGGACAAGUCAGUUGUAGGUUGUGGAUCCAGGAGCACAGAGUAAUGAAGCAUAUUGUUUAAAGAAAAUGCAGUACUUUAAAACAACUGACUGGUGUUUACAUCAGAACUUUAC